AUGGGCCGGCUCCUCGGGGGCUACGAGACGUCGCGCUCGCUCUAUCUGAGCGGGAUCGGCGCCAUCUACGCCGUCGCCUUUGGGUCCUACUGGCUGCAGUACCCGGGCCUCCUCGGCGCGCGGGGCCUGCUGCCGGCGGCGCCGUUCUGGCGCCAGGUGAAACCGAACUACGAGGGCGCCACGCGCGCCGCGAGCUUCCUCAGGCUGCCGUGCCUGCUCUGGUUCGCCGGCGACGGCGACGCGGCCGUCGACGCGCGCCUCGAGGCGAUCGCGGCGGCCGGCGUCGCGGCCGGCGCGGCGGCCGCCGCGGGGCUCCACCACGGCGCCCUCUUCGCGGCGCUCUUUCUCGGCUACCUGACGCUCUUCGUCGCGUCCCAGACCUGGCUCGGCUUCCAGUGGGACAUCUUCCUGCUCGAGACGGGCUUCUGGACGGUGCUCUACGCGCCGUGGUGCUCGCUGUCCGCGCGCGGCGAGGAGGCCGCGGGCCACCCCAUGGCCGUGCCCCUGCGCGCCCUCUGGGUCAAGUUCAUGGUCAUGUCCGGCGUCGUCAAGGUCACGGCGAACUGCCCGACCUGGAAGCGGCUCACGGCUUUGGAGUUCCACUUCGCGUCGACGUGCCUCCCAACGGCCGAGGCGUGGUACUUCCACUCGCUGCCGCCGUUGCUCCUGCGCCUCGGCACGGCGGUCAUGUUCCUCACGGAGCUCGUCGCGCCCUGGCUCCUCCUGGCGCCGGCGACGGCCGCGCGGCGCGCCGGCUGCCUCGCGCAAAUACCGCUCCAGGCGCUGAUCAUGUACUCGGGCAACUACAACUGGUUCAAUCUGCACACGGUCGUGCUGCUGCUGCCGGCCUGGGCGUGCGACUUUUCCGAGGCGUCGGCCUGGGAGACCUUUUGGCGGCGGCGGCGCUGGCCCGUGCGCUUCGGCGUGUGCGCCGCGCUCGCGUACGCGUUCCGACGGCUGUUCCCGUUUUCUACGAACGGGUCCGUCGCGGCCGCGCUCGCGGCGCCGGCGGGUUUUGUUAUCGAGAACCGCGCCACGGUGCGCUUCACGAAGGCCAUGCUCGACACGGCCCUCACUGAGACGACGCUGCUUUAUGUGUACGCGCUCCUCGCGCUGCCCGCGGCCGCCUACGCCGCGCGCGCGCCGGGCCGGAGGCUCCGCUACGGCGCCGGCGUCGCUUGGCGCCUGGCGCUGGCCGCGGCCGCCGCCGUCGCCCUGGGCGUGCUGCUCCUCCCCUGCGAGUCCAUCGCCGGGCGGCCCGUGCUGCCGCUCCUGCCCGGCCCGCUCCGCGAACCGACGCGGCGCGCGGCCGCGGCCGCGGAGCCCUUCCGCGCGGCGUCGUCCUACGGCCUCUUCCGCCGCAUGACGGGCGUCGGCGACGCCCCGGGCGGCGCGGGCUUCGGGGGCGCGCCGCCGUCGGCCGUCGCCGUGCCCGCCGUCGUCUUGGAGGCGUCGCGCGACGGGCGCGACUGGCGCGAGAUCCCGCCGCGCUACGCGCCCUUUGGCGUGAGCCGCCCGCCGCGGCGCACGGCGCCGCACCAGCCGCGCCUCGACUGGCAGCUCUGGUUCGCGGCGCUGGGCCACUACCAGCACAACCCCUGGCUCCUGCACCUCAUGUACAAAAUCGUCACGGCGCUGCCCACGGACGACGACGCGCUCGCGCUCCUCGACGUCGACGCCUACCCCUUCUCCGGCACGCCGCCGACGAACGUCCGCGCGAGCCUCUACCACUACGACUUCACGCGCGCGCCGUCGGCCUGGGCGCGGGGCAUCCCGGGCGCCGUGGAGCUCGCGCCGGGCUGCAACCCCUUCCGCCACGAGAACCGGAGCGACUGCGACGCCUACUGGACGCGGCGGCGCGUCUCCGAGUACGUCCCCGCCGUCGACGCCGCCGUGCUCCGCGACCAGGUCGUCGCGAAGCGCGGCUGGCCGACGGGGCCGCCGACGCCCGCGCCGUCGCGCGCCGCCGCGCUCCGGCGCUUCGUCGGCUGGCACGCGAAGACGAGCUCCGGCGGCCCGCUCUUCGUCGACGGGCCCGCGGUCCUGCUCGCGCUCGUGGGCGCCGGGCCGCUGCUGCUCGGCGCGCUCCCGCGGCUCGACUUGCGAAGCCGCAGCGUCUCCAUCUUCUUCUCCGCGAAGUUCUGCGUCGCGACGAGCGCGUCGACGGGCUGCAACAGCACGAACUUUUCGGGCGCGUUCGCGCCGGCCUCCGCGGCCGCGCGGAAGAGCGCGUCCAUGGGCCGCCGCCGGCCGUCGCGGCCGAGGUCGCCGACGCAGCAGACGACGCCGUCGGCGUCCGCGACGGCGUCCUCCCAGCCGACCCAGCGGUCGCUCACGCUGUCGAGCUCGUCGCCGCCCGUCCAGUCGCGGAACGCGACCGCCACGCCCUUGUCGGCCCACUUGUCGAGCCGCUUCUCGCCGACCCAGCCGAAAUCUUCGGACACGCGGCUCGGCGUCACCGCCAGCCGCGCGGACCGCCUCGAGCGCAAGGACGCGUCGCGCACGCGCCCCGCGGCGGCCUGCGGGUCGCGGGGGCGGACGAUGGUCGCCUUCGGCGCGCACACGGACGAGCCCUUCGUGCAGGACGAGCUCGAGCGCAUCGUCGCGUCGGCGAAGACGUUUCAGUGUCCGCCGCACGACGUCGUGCUCUUCGUCGACGCGACGAAGACCUACACGACGCUCCGGCACCCGGACCCCGACGGCGUCACCGUGCGCGUGCCGCUGCAAAAACUGCUAAAAAACGGCACGACGGCGUUCCGCGUCUUCGUGAGCCACCAGCUGCUCAUGGCUGCGCUGCCGACCUACGUCCUCGAGGACAAGGUCUACGACUACGCCUGGGUCGUCGAGGAGGACGCGAAGAUGGUCGGCGGCGCCUGGGCCGACCUCUUCAAACAAUUCAACGCGUCGUCGGCGGACCUCGUCGCCUACGCGCGGCAGACGAACCGCGGCCGCGCCGCGCUGCUACCGACGGCGCGGCUCUCGACGCGGCUCCUCCGCGGCGUCGCCAAGGAGCUCGACAGGAUCGCCGCGGGCGCCAAGGGGUCGCGGAAGAAGACGAUCCACGGCGCCUUCACGUACCAGAUGUGUGCGGGCGCGAAGUGGUGCUCCUACGCGGCCAUCCCCGACGAGUGGUUCGGGCCGUACCGCGCCAAGUGCGCCUGGAGCGGCGCGCGCUUCGACGACCUCGCGCCCCGGUGGCGCAACCCGACGGGCCACGGCAAGGUCUUCCACCCCGUCAAGCUCCGGGCGCCGACGAGCGGCCGCGACUUCCGCCACUUCCGCUGCAAGGAGCUCUUCGCCAAGGAGGCGCGCGCGCACGCGAGCGCCUGCUUCGUCGCCCGGUGCUGGAUCACGACGCCCGCGGCGAGCGCGUCCGGCGAGCCCACGGUCGCGCAGGGCACGGCCUCGCCGCAGCUCAGCUGGCGCACGAUGCCCGUGUUGCCCGCGAUCUUCUGGAACGUCCAGACGCUGCUCAUCGUCUUCGCGUUCGUCAUGAACACGGGCUGCUGGUUCGCGAUGCGGCUCGCGUUGCGCUCGUUCUUGAGCGUCGACGCGAGCAGCCCAAGCGACGAUUCCGGCGCGAUGGUCAUGCGCGCGGUGGUCUUCGCCGCCUGCGCCGCGGUCGCGCGCGCCGGGGCCGGGGGCCUGCGGUCCGCACAGGCCGACGCGCAGGACGCGGACACGGCGAAACUCGCGCGCCUGCUGACGGAGGACAUCUACUCCUACGACUACGGCGACGAGACGGCCUACCCGAGCAUGCUGCCCACGCCGACGCCGACGGAGCUCGUGGAACCGACCGCGCUGCCCACGUCCGCGCCGACGACGGUGGCCCCGUCCGCGGCGCCGAGCUCGGCGCCGACGUCCGUGCCGACGCUCUCGCCCAAGAUCGAGGUCACGACGGAGAUCGCGACGACCAUCGACCUCGGCGACGACGUCACGGUGGACACGCUCCUCGACGACCCGGACAUGGCCGAGGCCAUCAUCGGCGACGUGCAGGCCACGCUCGCCGACGCGACGGGCAUCUCGACGGACUUCAUGACGACGACGUUCUCCGCCGCGCGGCGCCUCGAGUCGUCCAAGCCCCGGCGCCUCGACGACUCGUCCGGCGUGUCCUUCACGACGGAGAUCACGGAGAUCAUCGACCUCGACGACGACACGGACGUCGCGACGGUCUCCGAGGACGCGUUCGCCGCCGUCCAGGACGCCGUCGUCGCGGCCAUCGAGGACGGCAGCUUCUCCACGAACCUCGCGGCGGCCAUCGCGACGACGUCGUCGACCUACACGGAGCUCGACGACGUCGUGAUCGACGACGACGUGCUCCUCGCCGAGGCGGAGAAGGCGUCCUACGCGCUCGUCGUGUCCACGCCCGUGCCCAUCCCCGCGCCGACGGCGUCCCCCGUCUCCGAGGACUGCCUGUGGUGCUGCACGCGCCGCAACCGCGAGCUCCUCUUCGGCACCUCGACCGUCGACGACUACGACUGCGACGCCUGCUCCUGCUACAGGGAGGAUUCCUAG